CUUGUUAUUAUACUCGUUCUCAUUAUUGUGACCAGCGAGCGAGGCGUUGGCAAGGCCGCAAGUUGAGGGAAAUAUUUCUUGCACAGCUUGACCGAAGCUUUUCAGCAUCGGUGGAAAUGGAGAAGGCUGUGCUACAGCAAAGUGGGGCCAAAAAAAAAAAUCAUCCACUAUCUGGACUGUGAUGCGCCUGUCAAAGACGCAAAAGGUGGACUUGAUGACACUUUCUUAGUCUGAAGCUUGUUUUGUUCUCGAGUUGCACGGAGGCCUUAUAAGGCAUCUUGGUGCGUGUGUGUGUGUGUGGGGGGGGGGGCACCCUCCUCCUCCUCCCACCUGCUCACCCUCCAAGUGGACGUGUACACGCACAUGCAGAGAGGCACUUCUUCAAAAUGACGGUGGAGAGGAUAUUUGACGAGCUGGGACAUUUUAAAAGAUUCCAGGCCUGCGUGUACUUUGCGGCCACCUUCCAGGCCGUGGCUUGCGGGAUCCACUACCUGGCUUCCGUCUUCCUGGUGGAGACGCCCAACUUUGUGUGCGGCCCUCCAGCCAACGUCACGCACGUCUUGUUUGGCAACCUGAGCGGCUCCCGCGUGGAGGACCUGCUGCCCUUCUUCAAAGCGGACGCGGCCGGGCCCUUGGUGGCGAGGACCCUCAGCGGCGAGCAGUGGGAGUUGAGCCGCUGCCGGCGGGCCCUGCGGAUGGGCCCCGCAAUGGCGGGCUUCGCGUACGCCUAUGACGGCAACAAAUCGCUGGAGUCCUGCCACGGGGCUUUUGCGUACGAUCGCAGCCAAGUGCACGAGAGCAUCGUGAGCGCCUGGGACCUGGUGUGCGAGCGGGCCUGGCUGGCCAAGCUGUGUCAGCCCACCUUCAUGCUGGGGGUGCUGAUCGGGGCGCUGGUGUUCGGGGACAUCGCCGACAGGGUCGGUCGAGUCAAGAUCCUGAUGUUGACCAGCCUCUGCCAAUUUGGACUCGGGGUGGCCGUGGCCUUCUCGGCCAAUUACUACUACUUUGUGGUCUUCCGCUUCCUCCUGGCCAUGGCGUCCAGCGGCUACCUGGUGGUGGUUUUUGUGUACGUGACAGAGUUCACCGGCAUCAAGGUCCGCACGUGGACCUCCAUGCACGUCCACGCCGCCUUCGCCGUGGGCAUCAUGGUGGUGGCUCUGACCGGCUACCUGGUGCGCGUGUGGUGGAUCUACCAGAUCAUCCUGUCGCUCUGCACCUCCCCCUUCCUGCUCUUCUGCUGGAAGCUCCCCGAGACGCCCUUCUACCUCAUGGCCAAAGGCAGGUACGAGGAGGCGCAGAGCCUGCUGGACGCCAUGGCCCGCGUCAACGGUUUGGAGAGCCGGCUGAAGGUGGAGGAGCUCCUGGAGGAGGAAGAGGAGCGCAAUGGCGGCGGAGCGCUGCUGCGUGAGAAGGAGGAGCAGGAGGAGCGCUCUCCGGAGAAGAAACUGUCCAUCCUGGAUCUGUUUGGCAGCUGGAGGAUGGCGGCCCGCACGCUCACCGUGUGGGCCAUCUGGUUCAUCGGCAGCCUGGGCUACUACGUUUUCUCGCUGGGAUCCGUCAACCUGGGGGGGAACCAGUACGUCAACCUCUUCCUGGUCGGUGCCGUGGAGCUUCCUUCGUACCUGGUGGGCUGCUUUUCCAUGGACCGCAUCGGGCGCAAGAAGACGUGCGCCCCCGCCCUGCUGCUGGCUGGGUUGGCUUGCAUGCUCACCAUCGUGCUUCCGUCUGACAUCGAGGCCCUGGCCAUCACCCUCAGCAUGAUGGGAAAGUUUGCCAUCGCCAUCGCCUUCGGUCUCAUCUAUCUGUACACUUGUGAGCUUUACCCCACCAUCAUCAGGUCUCUGGCGGUGGGUAGCGGCAGCAUGAUGUGUCGCGUGGGUAGCGUGGUGGCGCCAUUCUGCAUGUACCUGGCCGACGUCUGGAUCUACCUGCCUCAGCUCAUCGUGGGCAUCCUGGCGUUUUGCAUCGGCAUCCUGACCUUGAUGCUGCCCGAGACGCUGGGUGAGCCCCUCACGUCCACCCUGGAGGAGGCCGAGGCGCUCGGACGAAGCCCCGGCAGCAAAAGGAAAGAUGGCGCACGCGGGCUGGAGAUGAACCAGCGCGUGUGACCAAUUACAAGAAGCCGGCAGUACGCGUAUCAACAGCAAAUUGGGAUCACAGAUGGAAGGUAUAGGUGCAAACACACCCAAAAAAGAGAGAGAGAGAGCGCUAGAGAAAGAGAGAGAGAGAUCCACGUCAUUUUUGGUUUAAAUGACAGCUACAAAGUCAAAGAAAAAUGUCAAUAUUUUGUAGGUCAAAAUACACCCAAGUAUGCGUAAAUAUCACACGUUUAUACGAGUACCAAAUAUGAAUGAAUGAAUUCAUUCAUAGCGUUAAAUGACAUGAGAUGUCUAUGAAAUAUUCUCAGGGUGAAUGUAAUGUACGUAAUGUCUUACUUGAACGUUCCACUUAAUAGUGUGGUGUCCCACAUGAAUGUCUCGUACGCCGGCCGACAUGCGUAUUUUGCAAACUUGUAUUCUCGUGCCCCCACGUGGGCAAGGUGCGUGCGUGCGUGCAGGAUCCGGCAACAAUUGUGUCCCGUCUGUAUGAUUUCAUUCACCCUAACCAAGAUGAAAUGUGUGGACCAAAACAGGUAGACUCGCGGGGGUGUCAAAAACUCAUUUUUAUUGCGGGCCGCACCAUCGUCAUAGUUUCCUUCAGAGGGCCAUUAUGACUGUCAACCCAAAUACAUCAAUGUAUGAACGCCUCAUAUUAUACAGACACAGUAUAGACGACACAACAAAUCAAUGAAUAACUGGUUUUCAAAUCUGGAACAAGUCAAAAAUAUUUUGAAAAGAUUGAAAAAAAUGCUAGCAAUAUCUCUAUUAUUUAAAAGUGAAGGCAAUUUGCCCUUUUUAGCACUGACAUGAAUUGGGUCUGUCUUUGCGGGCGGGCCACAUAAAAGGAUGUGGCGGGCCGUAUCUGGCCCCCGGGCCCGGAGUUUGACACCUAGGACGUAGAGGACUCAAUCGCCUGCUGCCUAGAGAUUGAAGUCUUCACGCUGCGUUCGUAGUAUUUGCAAUCUCGGCAUUAACUGGAUUCGUUUCACUUGACAUGCUUUCUCGUACUUGUAUCGAAUUAAUAAACUAUGGAGGCGAAGCGUAAA